UCGUCGCACGAAUCGACAAUAAUGCUCGAGUGGGAAUCGUCGCUGUUGCGCUGUUGUUUGGGCUCCUGGCCUCCUAGGCUCUAGAGCCAUAAUGCUGCUGUUGUUAGACGACGUGAUCCUCCUGCAUACGUCAUUUCUCUUUGCGUGGGCGAUCGGCGAUCGAGGACGCGCGAUCGAUUGAGCUGACUGCACGGUUCGCUCAUCGCUCAGGAGACCAGGAGGGGGACGUAUAGAUAUAACAAUCGACCUAGAGCCUCGAGAAGCAAGACCCAUUCGAAUAAAAGGGGUGGCAACUGCGUACUGCGUCAAUACAAAUUAGACCGGCUGCUACACUCGACGAUAAACCUUGGGAACGCCCUCUACUUCCUACAAUCAGCAGACCGUUCUUCGUAAACAAGACCCAACCUCUUCUCGACUCACAAUGCCCAGACGUUCGCCUUCGCCUUCAUCCGGGCCCAAGCAGCCCAGGAAAAGGGUCCUCAUUGUUGGAGCCGGAGCGGCAGGAAUGUCCUGUGCCGAGCAGCUCUCUCAACACCCCAAGACUUAUGAUGUCACGCUCGUCGAUGCUCAAGACUAUUGCGGUGGUCAGGCCUUCAGUAUCCCUAUCGAUGAGAAGAGGCACGGUAGUUCGUGGAUGAACCAGGGUGUUCAAGGUGGCUCUUACAUCUACCACCACACUUUCCGCAUGUUCAAAAAGCAAGGAUUCGAAGCUCAGCCGGUCGAUUUGCAAGUAUCGUUCGGCAAGGACGACAAGUUUUGGACUAACGCUUUCCCCACCGACCUCGUCGCCAAGCAUCAAAAAGAGAUCGGUCGAUUCAAAUGGGCCAUGAGGACCAUCAGGUGGACUGAAGCCGUUUGGGCGUUGAUCCCGAUCAAGAUCACCCUUAAGAUUUGGGGAUUUUCAGACGAGUUCAUGAACUACAUGAUCUAUCCCAGUCUCGCCCUUUUCCUUGGAACCGGUAACGCAACUCCCGACUUGCCUACUGUCAUGAUGGAACGACUAUACACAUCGCCUACCUAUGGAAUGUGGUACCCCGUGGAUGACCAUUCGUUGUCCAGCAACUUGCCUCCUAUGGUCGUCUUCCCCGAGGAGAGCAAGUUCUACACCCAGUGGCAACACGACAUGGAGAGCCGAGGGGUUACUAUCCGUCUUAACACCGAGAUUGUGUCUAUCCCCGAAAGAUCCAAAGACCGCGUCCGAGUUCAACUUCGAGGACGUCGACCUCAACCCGACCACCACAACCCGGUUGGAGCGGAUCAGGAUCUUCCUAUCACCGAAGAGACUUAUGACGAAAUCGUCCUCUGUGUUUUGGCUGAUACUGCCAAGCGUCUCUUGGGCAAGACCGCCACCUUCAUGGAGAAGCAGGUCUUGGGCAUGACCAAGUGGAGUGACGAUAUUACCGUCACGCACACUGACCUCGAUUACAUGAAGAAGUGGUACACCAUGGACAUGCCUGAAAACGUGCCUAAAACUCUCAGUGGUCGAGACGAGCAGGACCGAAUUGACCGGGGUCGCAAAGAUUUCAACCCGAUGUACCUAAUCAAGCAGGUUCCCGACGACCCCAAGCUCUUGGAGAUGUGCUUCGACUGCUCAAACUUCCAGUAUCAGCUCAAGGAUGCCAAGAAGCCCGUUGAAGACCAUAUCUUCCAGACCAUCUUCUUGAACAAGAAGGAUAAGGAGACUUGGACCAUCGAUGAAAUCAAGGAGGACAAGAUUAUCCGAAAGGAUUGGUGGCAUCAGCUCGAACAUCGAUGGACUCACUAUGCCUUUGUCGUCCCCUUCAUGAGUUUCUUGAAUGGAAAGAAGAGGACGCACUUUGCUGCCGCUUGGACCUUGGUCAACGCCCACGAGCUCGCCGUGAUCAGCGGGAUGGCCGCUGCUUACGCGCUCGGCGCGGCCUAUCCUGAAGAGCUGAUGGAUGAUGCAUUCGCGGUGCUGUGUUUCAGGCUUUACCUUCUUUUGGACCACCGAAAGUGGUACAGCAAGAAGGAGAACUCUAAGCGGCUCAACAAGCAGUAGUGCGAUGCGUCGAUGCAAACACCUUGCUCUUCUUCGGAAUAUUCCCUAUAAUCUGUAAUUAUGUACAAACGAAUCCAUCAAAGAUGUACCCUCUCAACGUACAACAGUGUAGCGUGCAUCCUCUCUUACAAAGUCG